AAACGACAUGCAAAAACAGCAGUGGAGGUGACAUUUCUGAAAGUGUCUUGGGUGGGUGGGUGUUGCAUGCGAUUAGAGCCGGGUCUGGGCGGGGUGGAGUGGAGUGUAGAGGGGUUGGCGGGUGGAGGGGGGUGUACGGUAGAUCAGAAGUGUCUCUGCCAUUUAGAGUCACCAGCUCUUGUCUGGAAUGUCCGUCCCUGCUCGCGCACAGAUCAUGUACUGGAUGCGCCCACUUUAUUUUUAACUCUGCAGGGUGGGUCAGUCGCUGGCUUUCGGGAAUGAGCGUGGAGCGCGCGGCGCCAACAGACCCUUUCCCUCGUCCCCCGUGCCCUCCUCGCGCUGUGGAGACCACCGUCCGCACUGACCCGGACCCUGCUGCUCCAAUGGGAUUGUAAUUGUUUUAUCAGCAGGGAGAGACUUCAAGAGAAGCACUUUUGGGCAGGAGAGCAUCCAGAAACAAACCACCUUCUGUAUUCAAGGUCCAUCCUGCUGUGUCCACUCAUUUCCCCACACACCCCAGACCACCUGAGGACGCUUGCUGCCGUCCCCUCGCCCGCUCACCACGCUGGCUACCGCCAUGACUUCCACCACAGACUUUGACAAUGCGGAGAUCACGCAGCAGUACAGCCGCAUCAACACCCGCUUCGAGCUCUCCGACGAGGAGCUCGACAAUGACAACAGCUCUGCGCGGCUGUUUGAACGCUCGCGCAUCAAGGCCCUCGCAGAUGAGCGCGAAGCUGUUCAGAAGAAGACCUUCACUAAAUGGGUCAACUCCAUCCUGUCCCGGGUCGGCUGCCGGAUCUCUGACCUCUACCUGGACCUGCGAGACGGACGCAUGCUCAUCAAACUGCUGGAGGUGCUGUCCGGUGAACGACUGCCCAAACCAACUAAGGGCCGCAUGCGUAUCCACUGUUUGGAGAAUGUGGACAAAGCUCUGCAGUUCCUCAAAGAGCAGAGGGUUCAUCUGGAGAACAUGGGCUCCCAUGACAUCGUCGAUGGCAAUCAUCGCCUCAUCCUCGGCCUCAUCUGGACCAUCAUCCUUCGUUUCCAGAUCCAGGACAUUAUUGUGGAAACGGGCCAGGCAGACCAGAAGGAGACACGCUCAGCCAAGGACGCUCUUCUUCUGUGGUGUCAGAUGAAAACUGCAGGGUAUCCCAAUGUAAACAUCACAAACUUCACCACAUGCUGGAAGGACGGCUUGGCCUUCAACGCUCUCAUACACAAACACAGGCCAGAUUUGCUAGACUAUGGAACACUGAGGAAGUCCAACCCAACACACAACCUCCAGAGCGCCUUCAAUGUAGCAGAACAGAAGCUUGGUGUGACCAAACUGUUAGAUCCUGAAGAUGUGUUCACAGAGAACCCUGAUGAGAAGUCAAUCAUCACAUACGUUGUGGCGUUUUACCACUACUUCUCAAAAAUGAAGCAGCUUGCUGUGGAGGGCAAAAGAGUCGGAAAGGUUCUGGAUCAGGCCAUAGAGACAGAGAAGAUGGUCGAUAAAUAUGAGACGCUGGCUUCAGAUCUGCUGACGUGGAUUGAGCAGACCAUCAUCGUGCUGAACAAUCGGAAACUCGCCAACUCUUUGAGUGGAGUCCAGCAGCAGCUUCAAGCCUUUAACACCUACCGCACUGUGGAGAAACCACCCAAGUUCCAGGAGAAGGGAAACCUUGAGGUGUUGCUUUUCACGAUCCAGAGUCGCAUGAGAGCCAACAAUCAGAGAGUCUACACACCUAAGGAGGGAGCUCUGGUCGCAGAUAUCAACAGGGCCUGGGAGCGUCUGGAGAGGGCGGAGCACGAACGAGAGCGCGUCCUGAGAGACGAGCUGAUCAGACAGGAGAAGCUGGAGCAGAUGGCGAGGAGGUUUGACAGGAAGGCUGCCAUGAGGGAGACCUGGCUCCUGGAGAACCAGAGACUAGUGGCUCAGGAUAACUUUGGUUACGACCUGCCAGCAGUAGAAGCAGCGAAGAAGAAGCACGAUGCCAUUGAGACAGACAUUGCUGCAUACGAGGAACGUGUUCAGGCCUUGGUGGACAUCUCAAAGGUGCUGGAGUCAGAACGAUACCAUGAUGCCAAAAGGAUUGACGUGAGGAAAGACAACAUCCUGCGUCUGUGGGAUUACCUGCAGGAGCUGCUGAAGGCCCGCAGGGGGCGACUAGACAAAAAUGUGACCCUGCAGAGGAUCUUCCAGGAAAUGCUGUACAUCAUCAGCUGGAUGGAUGAUAUGAAGGCCCGGCUUAUGUCUCCUGACUUUGGGAAACACUUGCUGGAAGUGGAAGACUUGUUACAGAAACACGCUCUAUUGGAGAAUGACAUCGCCCUGCAGGCAGAGAGAGUUCACAACGCGAGUGCUGCUGCUCUCAAGUUUGCCAAUGGAGAUAGCUACAAACCAUGUGAUCCUCAGGUGAUUCGUGACAGGGUCCAGCAUCUUGACUUGUGCUACCAGGAGCUCUGUGCCCUCGCAGCCCAGCGGAGAGCUCGCCUGGAGCAGUCCCGCCGCUUCUGGAACUUCCUAUGGGAGGUGGCUGAGCUUGAGAGCUGGAUCAGAGAAAAGGAGCACAUUUUCUCCUCCAUGGAUUACGGAAAAGACCUGACGAGCGUGCUGGUGCUCCAGAGUAAACACAGCGCCUUCGAGGAUGAGCUCGGGGCACGCCGUGCCAACCUGGAACAGGUCCUGGCAGAAGGAGAGAAGAUGAUCAAGACCAAGCACUUUGGCUCCCCGAAGGUUCAAGACAGCAUGGACAGCAUUGGGAGGCAGUGGCAGCAGCUGGAGGAGCUGGCUGCGUUCAGGAGACAGAACCUUCAGGACACACAGAGGUUCUUCCAGUUUCAGGGAGAUGCUGAUGAUCUCAAGUCCUGGCUUCUGGACGCCAAGAGGCAGAUGAGCAGCGAGGAUGUGGGCCACGAUGAGUACACCACCGAGCGGCUACUGAAGAAGCACAAAAGCCUGAAGAACGAAGCGAUCAAGAACGGAGCCACAAUAGAUGCCCUGUCUAAACAGGCCAAUUCACUCCCAGAGGAGCUGCAGAACACCCCUGACAUCCAGAGACGUCUGAAGGACAUCAAGGACCUGUACAUGGAGCUCAUGUCUCUGGCUGACCUGAGACAGAAAAAGCUGGAUGACGCUAUGGCUCUGUACACCAUCUUCAGUGAGACAGAUGCCUGUGAGCUCUGGAUGGGCCAGAAGGAGACGUGGCUGGUGGGAUUAGAUGUGCCUGAGAAGUUGGAGGACCUGGAAGUAGUACAGAAUAGGUUGAGUAUUCUAGCUCAAGAAAUGGCAAAUGUUCAGUCGAGAGUCGAUUACGUCAACAAAGCUGUGAAACAGCUGGAGGACAGCAGACACCCUCGCACCAAGGAGGUCAAAGAAUAUCAGACACGACUGAAUAAGAGGUGGGAGGCUUUCAAGGCUAUGGUGGAGGAAAAGAAGAGGAAAGUGGAUUCUGCUCUCAGUUUGCACAACUACGGGCUGGAGUGUGAUGAGACAGAGGCCUGGAUCAAAGACAAGACGCGGGUGAUCGAGUCCACACAGGACCUGGGCAACGACCUGGCAGCUGUCAUGACCAUCCAGAGAAAACUGUUUGGCAUGGAGAGAGAUUUGGCCGCCAUCGACACCAAGCUAACCUUCCUGAGGAACGAGGCCGACCAGCUGGCGAAGGACCACCCGGAGAACGCUGAUGACAUCCUGGCCCGCAGAAAGGAUCUGGACGCGGCAUGGGACGCUCUCAAAAAGACCUUGAAAGACAGAGAGGAAUCUUUGGGCGAGGUGAGUAAGUUACAGACCUUCCUCCAGGACAUGGACGAUUUCCAGUCCUGGCUUUUCAAGUCCCAAAAGGCUGUGGCAUCGGAGGAAGUGCCUGAGACGCUGCCAGAGGCCGAGGAGCAGCUCAGCCUUCACGAUGCUGUGCGUGAAGACAUAAAUAACCACGAGGAGGACUACCACCGCGUGAGGGACACCGGUGCUCAGGUCACACAGGGGCAGGAGGAUGACCCUCAGUACCAACAGCUGGAGCAGAGACUGAAGGGGCUGGACCGCGGUUGGUAUGAACUCCAGAAGAUGUGGGACAACAGGAAGAGUUUCCUGGAUCAGGGUCUGGGCUUCCAGCAGUUCAUGAGGGACGGCAAGGCUGUAAAUGCCAUCCUCAACAAUCAGGAAUACACCUUAGCUCACAUUGACAAACCCGACACCUUGGCCGGGGCAGAGAAGGCUUUGAAGAAGCAUGAGGACUUUGUGAGCACCAUGGAGGCCAACGAGGACAAGAUCGACGGCGCUCUGCAGAGCGGACAGAGACUGGUGGACAGCAACAAUCUGUACUCCGGGAAGAUUCAGGAGAAAAUGGACUCAAUCAGAGACAGGCAUAGCAAGAAUAAAAGCCGAGCCCAGGAGGUGUCAGAGAAGCUGAGAGACAACCGCGACCUGCAGCAGUUCCUGCAGAACACUCAGGAUCUGACUCUUUGGAUCAACGAGAAGAUGCUGACCGCUCAGGACACGUCGUACGAUGAAGCCAGGAACCUACACAGUAAAUGGCUGAAACAUCAGGCCUUCAUGGCGGAGCUGGCCGCCAACAGAGGCUGGCUCAGUAAACUAGACCAGGAGGGCCAGGAGCUUAUAGAUUCCAAGCCAGAGUUUGAGCCCAUUGUGAAGGAGCGUCUGGCCAAACUCCACGAGCUGUGGGACAAACUGGAGUCCACCACCCAGGAGAAAGCUCGGCUGCUGUUCGAUGCUAACCGCUCAGAGCUUUUCGACCAGAGCCUGACGGACAUGAAGAAGUGGCUCGCGGGGCUGCAGCAGCAGCUUCAGAGCGGGGAGGACGUGAAAGAUCUGACUAACGCCAACAUCCUGCUCAAGAAGCAUCAGAUGACAGAGAACCAGGUGCGAGACCGUGCGCGGGAGCUGGAGGAGCUCCAGGCGGCCGUCCAGAAGCACGGCGGAGGCAGGGAUGACCAGCCGGAGCUGGAGGCCGAGCAGCAGGCCCUGCAGGCGGACUUCCAGCAGCUCAUCACACCACUGGCCCAGCGCAGGGGCAAGCUAGAGGCCGCCAAGUCUGUGCAUCAGUUCUACAGAGACCUGGCUGAUGAGCUCCUCUGGAUCGAGGAGAGGAUGCCCCUGGCAAUGUCACAGGAGCACGGCCACAAUCUUCAGACCGUGCAAAUGCUGCAGAAGAAGAACCAAACGUUACAGAGAGAGAUCGAAGGCCACCAGCCUCGUGUCGACGAUGUGCUCGAGCGAGGGCAGAGGAUGGCCGCAGCCGCCAGUGCAGAGAGCAGACCGGAGGCCGAGGGUAUUGCCGACCAGGUGAAGGAGCUGGAGGAAGCGUGGGCCCGGCUGCAGGAUGAGAUGGCAAAGCGCAGAGAGAGGCUGAAUGGCUCUGACUUGGCCCGGCAGUACUUGAACGAUGCGGACGAGGCCGAAGCAUGGAUCGGGGAGCAGGAGCUUUACAUGAUCGCUGAUGAAAAGGCAAAGGAUGAGCAGAGUGCCAUGGUGAUGCUGAAGCGUCACAUGAUCCUGAAGCAGGCUGUGGAUGAUUACUCUGACUCCAUUCAGAAGUUGGCUGACCGUGCCCAGAAACUGUUUUCUGAGGAUCAUCCUGACGGUGAGGAUAUCAUCAGGCGGCAGGGCCAGGUGGAUAAGCAGUAUGCAGGACUGAAGGAGCUGGCUGAGGACCGCUGUAAGAAGCUGGACCACACUUACCACCACUUCUUGCUGAGCCGAGAAGUGGAGGAGCUUGAGCAAUGGAUCUCAGAGAAGGACGUGGUGGCCUCCUCUCAGGAGAUGGGCCAGGACCUGGACCACGUCACGCUUCUGAGGGAUAGGUUCCGAGAGUUUGCAAGGGAGACAGGGAUGGCAGGUCAGGAGAGAGUGGACCUGGUGAACCAGACCAUUGACGAGCUGAUCGAAGCCGGCCACACCGAGGCGGCCGCCAUGGCAGAGUGGAAAGACAGCAUCAAUGAGAGCUGGGCUGAUCUGCUGGAGCUCAUCGACACUCGCGCUCAGCUCCUUACAACAUCUUAUGAACUCCUCAAGUACUUUGAUGACGGGAAGGAGCUGGUGGCUCAGAUCCAGGAGAAGCAGAAAGAGCUGCCUGAAGAUGUGGGAGAGGACUUCAGCAAAGCCGAGUCCUUCCACAGAAUGCACGCCGCCUUUGAGAGAGACAUCAGCGCUCUAGGCAAACAGGUUCAGCUGUUCCAGGAGACGGCUGCUCGGCUCCACGCCCAGUACGCAGGGGGGCAGGCAGAGAGCAUCCACGCCACAGAGCGGGAGGUGAUGGAAGCCUGGAAAGGCUUGCUGGACGCCUGUGACGGUCGCAGAGCGCAGCUGGUGGACACAGCCGAGAAGUUCCGCUUCUUCACGAUGGUGAGAGACCUGCUGAGCUGGAUGGAGAGCAUCAUCCAGCAGAUAGAGACUCAGGAGAAGCCCAGGGAUACCUCAUCCGUUGAGCUCCUGCAGAAGUACCACCAGGGGAUCCGCUCAGAGAUUGAGGCCAGGGGAGCCAAAUUCACCGACUGCAUAGACCUCGGCAAGACCCUGCUGACACGGAAGCACCGAGACUCUGCUGAGAUCAAGGAGAAGCUGGUGCAGCUAACGGAGAAAAGGAAGGAGAUGAUGCUCAAGUGGGACGACAGAUGGGACUGGCUCAGACUCUUGCUGGAGGUGUGUCAGUUUGCGCGGGACGCCUCUGUGGCAGAGGCCUGGCUGAUCGCUCAGGAGCCCUACGUGACCAGCAGAGACCUCGGCCUGACUGUGGACGAGGUUGAGAAACUCCUGAAGAGGCAUGAGGCCUUUGAGAAAUCCACCGCCACAUGGGAGGAGCGCUUCUCUGCUCUGGAGCGGCUCACUACGCUGGAGCUGUUGGAGCUGAGGAAGGAGCAGCAGGAGAUGGAGCAGGUCAUGAAGGAAGAGCGCCGCUCAGAUAUAGACAGCAGGAGAGAAGACACCGGCUUUGUAGAAGAAUCUUCACAACUUCACACUAUUGAGGAACAGACUCUGUCUGGUUCUGGUGCCGUUGAGCCCACUUCAGGUGUGCAGGAGGGGACAGCGGGCGACUCCACGGUCCCCAUAGAGUCAGAGAUGAGAGAGAGCGGGUCUCUGGAGCUCGAGCCCUCCAUCUCUGUAGUGAUGCCCAAAGAGCCGGAGAGGGCGGCCACCAUGCCCGCAGAGCCUGUCAGAGCCCUGACUGUGCUGCAGGAGGGCAUGCUGGGACGUAAACACGAUGUGGAGGGCUCGGGGAAGAAAGCUUCAAACAGGUCGUGGAACAACCUAUACUGUGUCCUGAAGCCCGGUCAGCUCUCGGUCUACAAGGACGCGAAGAGCUUCAACCACGGGGUGACGUAUCACGGCGAGGACCCCCUGUCUCUUAGCAAUGCAAGCUGGGAGAUCCUCACGAACUACAAGAAGAAGAAGCACGUCGCCACACUACGACUCAGAGACGGCAGUGAAUAUCUGUUCCAUUGUAAAGACGAGGAGGAGCUCCAGCGUUGGAGCCAGGCCAUGGAGAGGGCCGUGCAGCCCCUGGCAGCAGAGGAGGCAUCGGGGCCCUCGGGGGCCAAAACCCACAGCCUCCCAGCUGCCUCCUCCUCCUCCUCCUCAGCCGCCCCCCCUGAGCCCAGCUCCGCCAAGAAAGAAAAGGAGAAGAAGUUCAGCCGCUUUGCCAAAAAGAAGUGAAAGGCCAUGGGGAGGGUAUAAGUAGUAUUUGUGUACAAUCAGUCAGAGCAAGCUUUUUAUCACCAGAUUUUUUAUAUCAUUUUGCAAGAGUUGACAUUGAUAUGGUAGUUUAGAUUAGAGCCAUCACUCUUUGCUUGUAUUUAAGCCUCUGUUUUAUCUUUGUGUUCUUUUGAACAGAAGCCAAAUUCAAUCAUUGAAUUAAAGCACAGGAAUGCUCCUUUCACUCUCAACCAAAGAUUGUUUGUAAAACUUUUCUUUGUUCUUUUGCUGCAGGUUCUUUUUUCUUUAGUCUGGCAUGCUUUGUGAUAGCCGUGUACGAUAUGAAGGCCUGUAAUGCACAUGGGGGUAACUCCAGAGUACUGAGGAGUACUUUUAUUAACCUGCCUUAUACAAUGGUUGUGAACUGUAAUACUGUGCUGUUUGAAUUUGGAGCACUGAAUGCUACUCAUAGAGCCACAGUGAGUUUAAUGGGCUUUGAAGAGCUUUGUAAAUGCGGUGUAAAGACUUGAAGUGGAGUGCUGUACAGUGCACACACACACACACACACACACACACACACACACACACACACAAACACACACACACAAACACACAAACACAACACACACAAACACAAACACACAAACACACACCAAGUGUAAUUGCAGGCAUGCAAACUAAAUGCUCUAUGCACUGUGAAGGGUUCGACUGUUGAGAUUUUUCAAUCAGUACCUGAUGACAUGCGAGCCGUCAGGAGACACCACGUCAGUCAGUUAGAUGAAGAUCUGCUCCGACUUUACUCUCAGCUGAGCUGUGACAGACAGUACUUAUCUCUGUGAACUUGAAAUAUAUCCAACACUUGUGUAUUGAACCCUCAAUUUCAUAUCUAUUCAUUAACAUAUAUACAUUUACAGUUUAUAUAUCUACAGAUGCAUGAAGUAUGUUUUAUGUUAGUUUGAUAUGGUGCUAUUGUGAAAUUGUCAAACCUCCAAUCAAGAUCAGGUUGACCCGAGUUAUUUGGCUUAAACUUUGGCUUGAAGUGACACAUGGUGGCAAACAUCUGAGGGGUGUUUCACAAUUUUCGACAAGUAAAGCAGCUCUUAUUUUGAAAAUCCAGAACUAAUAGGAGCUGAACAGACUCAACAGAGUUGGUCUGUAAGCACUGAUUGCAUUAAUUUAAAAUGAAGAAAGCUUGAUUGGUUUCAUCUGCAUAAAAGAGCUAGAAAUGUAUAGUUCUACAUGUUUGAGAUGCUGAAUACUAAUACUAGAUACUAAAAUAUACAAUAAGCCAAAACAGGAAAUGUUUUAAGAUCAAGAGAACACUUUCAGAAACUUUGCCCAUCUUUCAGCUGUUAUUUUGUGCACUGGCCGGCGCUUGCACAAGUGAAAUAAAAUCCCCCAUUUGGUAAAAACACUGUUAAAAAAACAAAAGGCAGACCGGUAUCAAAAGAAAUGCAAUCAGGAGAUUUGUAAAUUUUCCUCUCUAUGCUAAGUGCAUAAAACGACAGAAGAAGUGGUAAGAAGGCUGCUUACUAGGAGGCCUCAGACAUGUGAGGAAUGUUUUCUGGCUUUAUUUUAAUUGCAAUUUAUUUUAAUCAGACUCAAAAAUGUGUGUAAAAUAUCAGUAAGUUACAUUUAACAUGUAUUUUAAAUGAACUGCAGAAAUGAUCCUGCUUCUCAAAAACACCCCUCUAAUCUUGCCAUCUUUUUUUUACCUAAAAUGCUCCGAGUGUCAACUUCAAACUAGGCUUUCUUCUAUAAGCAGAAAGAGUCUGGGAACUUACUUUAAAAACAUUAGUAAGCCAAAGUUUAGGACAAGCCGAGGGUCAGAUGAGUCUUGACUGCUUUCCAAACUCCACAACAGGACCAGGCAUGCUCUUUAUGUAAGCCCAGGAUCAUGCAGCAGCAGCAGCGGUGUGGAGCUGAGGGAAUGUGUCUUUGAUAUGAAUGUAAACGGAGAAAAGAAGGAAGUGAGAAUUUGGUUCACAUAGGAGUUCUAACAAUAAAAGCCAUAACAGAAAGACAAUUUAACCAGUUCACACAUACAGGAAAUAAAGCGUGUGAGUAGAAUAUGGAACUGCAUUUUUACAUGUCGACUUGUCACAGGACAAUGGCUCACACACACACACACACCCAUACACACACACUCUCUCUCACUGCCGUCUUGCCUUGUACUGUGGGCUCCAGCCCUGAACUAUGAUCCAACUCAAGUGACCUCAAUGAAAGGAAAGAAGUCGGGUGCAGAAAGAAAAACCACAGUGUUCAGCUCAAGAGGAAAUUUAGUAGCAUUGUGAUGAUCUCUGUUUAGGUUGUUUAAAUUCACUCAAUUAAGUCUACGAUCAAGAAAUCCAGAUUUUUGGUCGCUUAGAAGAACACCACGUCUAAUUUAAGUCACUUUUUUUCUGUUGGGAACGCACCUCAAAAUGGUUUGAGAAACUUGCAUCUCACAUAUUCACUCUUCUUUUUAUUGGUCACUCUAUCUGCAGUAACUCCGACACUCCCUACUCAGUCACCUCCAUCCACUUUGUCGAUUCCUCCACACUUCCCUUCCCACCUACCCAACGACCUACCUGCCCUUUCUGUUCAGUGGUUUUUAAUCUGCAUUUUGUACUCUGCAGCUAUGUAAAAUAUCCAGAAAUGUUGACGAGAAAUAUCAAAGACAUUUUGAGAAUAAACUUUAAAAAUAAACUCCUCAAACUAA